CUCCAAUGUCAAUUUUUUAGACAUACGUGUUUGGCGUUUUCAAUGGAAAUUUGAAAAAUCUACUCUUUAAAAGAUAUUUUAAUUUUAAAGAAAAUGACCGACAUCAUACAGCAAAGUAGAUUUGAGAAAUCUCUGGGCUUAUUGACAACAAAAUUUGUUUCUUUGUUGCAAAAAUCAAAAGGAGGUAUUUUAGAUCUGAAAGUUGCUGCUGAUAUUUUGGAGGUUCGGCAAAAACGCCGUAUUUAUGAUAUAACUAAUGUUUUAGAAGGUAUUGGCUUAAUAGAGAAGAAAAGUAAAAAUAGUAUACAAUGGAAACCAUAUACAGCAGCUAGGGAAUACUGUUCUAAUUUACCAGCGAGUAAUGGUAGCAAUUCAGAUAAUUUUUUAAAAAUAAGGAAACUGAAAGAAGAGUUGGCAAGACUUGACGAAUACGAACAUGAACUUGACCUGCAGAAAUUAUGGAUACAACAAAGCAUAAAAAAUAUCACAGAAGAUUUAGAUACAAGCAAAUAUUUGUAUGUUACCAGCGAUGACUUUCUAAAAAGCCACAAUAAUGAUAAAACAGUGUUUGUUGUAAAUACCCCUAUAAACCAUACAAAUAUGAAAUAUCAAAGUGGUCAGGAUACAUUCAAUUUAAGAAUUAGAUCUUCGAAAAACCCCAUUGUUGCUCAUGUUUUAACAAGAAAUAUUGGUGAUAGUGAAAAACUAAACAGGAAGAGAUCCCAACAACAAAUGCAAUCUGAUAUAGAGGAUUUAAAUAUAAAGAAAGAAGCAUUCUUUGAUGAUCCUGAUUUAAUAACUGCUGAAAUUCUGUUCAGGAAGAUUCCUAAAUAUAAUUUUAAUAGCAGGACUGAAGAUCGAACAGGUGAUGAGCCUUUUCUUCGACUUAGCCCCGUUCCCUUAUCGCAAGAAUAUUCAUUUGGACUACUAGAUAGUGAAGGUGCAUGUGAUCUCUUUGACUUGAGUUUAUAAAUAUUUUAUAUAUAGAUAUUAAACCUUUAUGAAUAAGGUACAAUAAAGUGAUGCUAUUUUUA